AUACUUCCUGUAGCACUUCCGCCAUAUUUCACUGUUUACGUUCGCUACGACAUGGAGGCAACGCCAGCAAGCCUUCAUUCACCAAUCAGAUGAUGUUUUUCUGCUGAUAUGUCAGCCGGUAGUUUUAGCACCUCUCAUUGCCUCGUUGGUUUAACCUAUUGAAUUGCUGCUGAUGUGAAUUUAAGAACAAAUCGAGGGAAAUGAGUCAAACACAGCCAGACCGGACGCAGUUUCGGGUUCAACCUGCUGACAGUGAUGACCAGUCUGAAGCUGAAGGAGAUCAAAUGCCCCUCGGCUGGACUCGAGAGGUGAAGCAGAGGAAAUCAGGCAAAACUGCAGGCAAACUGGAUGUCUACAUCAUAAGUCCUAAUGGGAGAAAGUUCAGAUCAAGAGCGUCGCUCCAAGCAUUUCUCUCAAAGCAAGAUGAUGGAAGUAUCAACAUUGACCUCUUCAAAUUCACCACUCCAAAGCAGAGGCCAUCAGUGGAGUUACCGUCAUCCCAAAAGAAACAGAGGCGGAAGAAUCAACGACUAGUCAAGGAACAUUGUGCAGGCGCCCUACAUCCAGCUGACAUCACAUGCUCGAAUGACAGUGACUGUCCUGGUGACAUGAAGUCUUCAACUGUGUUGGACAUGAGCCAUGACCUUCAAACACGUGGUGCUCAAAACCUGCUCAUGACAACAGAGGACAAUCGCAAAACGCAAAGGAGCCCUCAGAGAGUGGGGCUGCUGAAAGAGAAACUUCUGAGACUUGCUGAUUCUGUAGCCCAACCGGAGAGCUUGGGUAAAGAAACACAGCCAUGUGAUGUCGUGGCUUUGGAGAGUGAGUGCGAAGAAGGUGAGAUCCAGAUUCACACUCCAGGUAACAACAAUUCUGAUCCGGCGGUUGGGGCUGACAGCCGUCACGAUCUGGAAGAGGAGGCAGCAUUACCUGACAUCACUGGGGGAAGCGGUACACUGGAGAGGAGCAGCCAGAAUAAGUCCAAAGGCUUCAAUGACAAGCGAAAAACAAGUCCAUAUUUCUGCAGAAAGGCUCACCAAGAUGCUCUUAGCCCGCCGAGAAGGAAGGUCUUUAAGAAGUGGACCCCACCGCGCUCACCUUUCAACCUGGUUCAGGAAACCCUGUUCCAUGACCCAUGGAAGCUUCUGGUGGCGACUAUAUUUCUGAACAAGACCAGUGGAAAGAUGGCCAUCCCGGUUCUUUGGCAGUUUUUUCACAGGUACCCGUCUGCAGAGGCGGCCCGACAGGCGGACUGGAAGCCCAUGUCUGAACUCAUGAAGCCUCUUGGCCUUUAUGAGCUCAGAGCCAAAACCAUCAUCAAGUUCUCUGAUGAAUACCUGACUAAACAGUGGCGUUACCCAGUCGAGCUGCACGGGAUCGGGAAGUAUGGUAAUGACUCAUACCGAAUCUUCUGUGUGGAAGAAUGGCGAGAGGUGACACCAGAGGAUCACAAGCUGAACAAAUAUCACGCCUGGCUUUGGGAGAACCAUGAGACACUUGGAAUCUGACGCUGUUGCCGAAGAAACCAAUGCCACAGUCGUUUAUCAACAUUGCAUUAUGAUGGAAUUUAAUAUACUGUUUUAAAAUACUGUGGACGCAUUGGAACCAUAACACUGUCAUGUAUGGUUGUUUUACUGUUUAUGUAA